AUGCAGCUUCCUAAGCACCCAACAUUCACAGAACAAGACAUGUAUGUACUCCCAAGUUUGCUUGUUCCUUCCAAACAGGCUCAAAGCGAUAGUACCAACAAAGAUGUCCAGCGCAGAAUUAGAGAACGCGGAGAAAGGUUUUAUGGACCGCAGAUCCUAACACCUGGGGCAUCAGUGUCUUCGUGUAUUAGCUCUGCAGAUCGUGAAAGGCGGAAACAACGGAGCCGUAUCAGAGUGUUAAUGUCAGGAGCACCUCACGUGGGAAAACUAGGAGAUUAUGAUUCGAGCAAGCUCGAUGACAUUACGGCGGUGCUGCGAAUUGUUACAAAUAAGCCAGAGCCGGAACACAUGUCCAGACUGACGUUCAAACUCAAUAUCGAGAAUCAAGACUGGAUGGCAGACGAACUUCUUGAUACGUCUGAAAUCCAUGACAUGCUUCUCUCCGACGACGAAGACUCAGGUGAAGACUUUGAAUCUGUUAAGAACGAGCCUUUGGCCGAGGAUAAUGGGAUUGCUAAAACAAAUGAGGUCUUGAAAUGGCAGAGCACGACCUUGUUCGUCCCAUGA